ACUUCCCUGUCUUCCCCAAAGAAGAAAAUUUUACUUAAAAUAAAGCUGCUUAUUUGACACUUCUGAGCAACCCUCUUUUGGGGAGAACCACAGCAAUGGGUGGCUCUGGAGCUGGACCUCGAAGAAACCAGUUCAUCCUCCUGGUGCUCUUUCUUUUGCAGAUUCAGAGUCUGGGUCUGGACAUCGACAGUCGUCCUACCGCUGAAGUCUGUGCCACACACACAAUUUCACCGGGACCCAAAGGAGAUGAUGGUGAAAAAGGAGAUACAGGAGAAGAGGGAAAGCAUGGCAAAGUGGGACGCAUGGGGCCAAAAGGAAUUAAGGGUGAACUGGGUGAUAUAGGAGACCAGGGCAACGUUGGCAAGACUGGGCCCAUUGGCAAGAAGGGUGACAAAGGAGAAAAGGGUUUGCCUGGGAUACCUGGAGAAAAAGGCAAAGCAGGUACUGUCUGUGACUGCGGAAGAUACCGGAAAGUUGUUGGACAACUGGAUAUCAGUGUGGCUCGCCUGAAGACAUCGAUGAAGUUUGUCAAGAAUGUCAUAGCAGGGAUUCGGGAAACCGAAGAGAAAUUCUACUACAUCGUGCAGGAGGAGAAGAACUACAGGGAAUCCCUGACCCACUGCCGGAUCCGGGGCGGGAUGUUAGCCAUGCCAAAGGACGAAGCUGCCAACACGCUCCUCGCUGACUAUGUCUCCAAGAGCGGCUUCUUCCGAGUGUUCAUCGGGGUAAACGACCUGGAGAGGGAGGGCCAGUACGUGUUCACAGACAACACGCCCCUGCAGAACUACAGCAACUGGCAGGAGGGUGAGCCCAGCGACCCCUACGGUCACGAGGACUGUGUGGAGAUGCUGAGCUCGGGCAGAUGGAACGACACGGAGUGCCACCUGACCAUGUACUUUGUCUGUGAGUUUGUCAAGAAGAAAAAGUAACUUCCCUCUUGAGGCACACUUCUCCUUUCCCUGUGACAACCGUGGCAGUUAUUUUUAAUCCACCUUUUUCUAAUUACACUAAAUUUGUUCUGACUCAAGGCAAGUGAAACAUGCUAGACUGGGGCUUGGACUCUCCAUUGCCAUGCGUGUCCGUGACGAUUUUCAUUUCCAUACAUGGUGUGAUAUUGAGCCAUAAGCUUACCAGGCUCUGGGUCCCGAGAGCUUGUGCAGGAGGUGGUGGUCUGUGUCUCAAAUGAAAUGUUCUCUUGGCAUUUGCUCUGCUGCCUCUCCCUAGAUCCCUGAACCAUUGUCUGUCUAGCCCAGUGGAUAAUUGGACAGUUGGUUGGGGCUCAUCUUUUUUUGCCCAAAGCCAGACUGAUGAAAUCCCUUCUAAUAGGAAUGAAAAGGUGUUAUCUGUCUUUGAACCCAAGAUCCACAAUUCUUUGACCAGUCACCCACCAUGGCUGUGGCCACACUUGCAAGGGCCCCUUGUUUGCACAGACAUAGUAAUACUUGGAACUUCUGGCCUAGUGACCUGCUUCAGACCAUGUGGAAUCAGACAGACCACUCUUGUGCUUCUGAUUGACAGCCUUCACUGACUGAAGUUUAAAAGCCAUAGCCCCUUUCUCUAGGCCCACAACUUAACCCCAGGCCUUCAGAUAGUACCUUUCUGAGCUGAGGAAAAGGGAACUCUAGAAAUCAAAAAGAAAAGAAAAAGAGAAGGUUAGUUCCCAUGCAGUAUUAUUGGUAAUCCUCCUGUGAAAGUCCCCCCUUCUAUUGAUAUGGCUCCAUUUCUUCCUUGUCCUAGGUUUAUCCAUAGCAAUUUUCAUUCCUUAAGGGAUGGAGAGUGAGGGAAGGAGUUUGUGAAGCCUUCAGAAAACUCUAGAAGCUUCAAGGUGCUACCAACACCAAGACUCUCAGACCCUCCUCUGCCUCUAAUAUAUCACUCAUGGUGACAUUUUGUGGGAAGCCCUUUAUUCUCCAUUACUCUACAUUGUUAUAACCUCACAGCAGUGGUGUUUUCAAGUCUUCUGACAGCACAGGAACGUGUCAAGUGGGGAGUUUGGAACAUGCCUAGGACUCACAUUUACUAAGCUGGUAAAACUCUACUUUAAACGGCAGUUCAAACCUCAAAGCAGUUCUCAUUUCAAAUUUUAAAAUAAAAGUUCAACAAACCCCUAGAUUAUCCCCUUUUAAACUGCUGCUCCAGUUAUAGUUGGUGACAUAUAAUUAGACUGUUUAAAAUGCUGGCAAAACAGAUAAUGAAGUAAGAGAAACAGAUCAACAACAUAUGUUCACCUUAAACCAUCUGUCCAUGAUUUCAACCAUGACUAACUGGUUAUGAGAUAGGAUUUAAUUAGGUUAUUUCUGUGAGUUUAUCAAGGGUCACAAGCUCAGGUCCUACGGGGCUAAGCAGAUGACAUAAAUAAGUGAAGUGGAGCAGGUGGGGAUCCUGGUAUGGUGAGCACACCUUGCCCUGCUAAGGGAACCAGCUGCUUCUUUGUCACUGCUGUUUUUACCAUGGAGGACCCAGGGUCGUUGCAUGUUCUGCCAUUUAAGAGAAGUCAGAAAGCUGGAACUUUCUUAUAAAGUUGUAAGUAUCUUAUAUACCCUUAUAUUUUUAAAUAUUGGCAGUGAAUCAAUUCUUAAUCCAAAUUCUAAGCCAUACAAAACAGUCUGCUAGCCAAAAUUGUGCACUUUCCACUUCUCACCUCUGGGGAGAAGUUCGGAAGCUUCUAACCAUGUUGUGUGUCAUUAGGAGGCAAUGACAUCAACAUCAAGGUCUUCCAUCCAUUGCUCCGUCAAUUCAGCUCCAUAGCAGGAAUCCAGUCGAUGUUUGCCAUUCAUCAGGUUAAUUCAGACUUUUGAGAAUAUGGCGUAUUUUGAAGGCAGGGUGGUUUAAUCAAAAUUACAAAGCAGAACACCAUACCAAGCCCGUGUUCUUGGGUGAAAUGCCAACCAAGAGCUUGGGGAACAAGAAUCUGGAAACACUUAGAAGUGAAGGGGACACGAGAAGAGAAAAGAGGAGAGAGGGAACGGACCGCAAACAUUGCCUACGUGCAGCUCACAUUGGGAUCCUUAUUCAGAUUGGUUCUAAGCCCCUCAAGGACGAAUAUGAAUUGUGUAUACUGUCAAUGCUAUUCUUAUUUCUGUUAUGAUCAUUAUAAUAAUACCAACAUUUCUCUCAA